CUGGAUCCUCCUCAAGCAUGUUAGUGCACACUCAUUACUGAGUGUUUAGACAAGUUUGCUUUGAGUGUCAGUAUGGAGGCGGAAGAGUCUUGCUUAUAGGUAGACAAAUCAGUACUAAGUUAUGUACUUUGAGGUCUUCUAGUGUACUCGACUGCUUACUUUUACGUGUUGUAACGGCAAGAAUUCUGUCAUUUGAAUGGCACAUCGUAGACAUUCGGAAUCGAUUGUGAUUGGUAUACAUUUCUAAAACAAGUCAAGAUGAACAACUUGUCGUUUGACGAUCCGUCGCUGGAGAGCUUGGACCCAAGCAUCUCACUCAGCGAUCCCAGCGACAUUGACACAGCGCUGCUGAGCGACAUUGAUGACAUGCUGCAGUACCUGAACCAUGAUAUGGAGUUUCCGGGACUAUUUGAGCAACAGCAGUUUGGUGGCGUGCCUCUGCCCCCAGACCUUCCUCCCCCCUCCCAUGCCACCUCCUCUCCCUCAUCUCCAUCUUCCUCUUCCACCUCCUCGUCUCCCCGAAAGCCUGGCAGUACCCCUCACCUGGAUGCCCUGUUGGGCCCGCCCACUGUCCCCAGCUCCACUCCUCCUUCCAAGGCACUCCAGGCCCCUCCUGCCUUCCAGCAGCCGGCUCCCCUUCCCCCGGCCCUGUGUCCCCUGGCCCCGACUCCCCCAGCUAAGCCGGGCCCGGCGGUGCGUCCCGCCAAGACGCCGGCGAGCUCGGCAGCCCUGCAUCCCGUGAGCCAGCCGUCUCUGAUCCACCCUGCGGCGGGGAUGGCCCAGGUGAUCAGCACCAACACGCAGACGCUCUUCACCUCCGUCGCUCCGUCACUGCAGCAGCUGGCACCAGUGCAGACCGGCUACACCAAUCAGAAUACAUUCACAGCUGUCAGUCAAGGAAGCCCCGCCCAGCCCUCUCCCAGUUUGUCCACCUCACCUCAACACAUCCAGCCAGUGACCAUCCAGACUCAGGUGCAGGGAGUGCCGGCUCAGCCCCUCUUGGCCACUGCGUCGAGCCCCCCUACGCAGGCCAUAUCACCGCACGUCCAGCAGGUCCCUGUGCUCCUCCAACCCCAGUUCUUCAAGGCUGAUUCCCUUGUGCUGACUGCUCUGAAGCCAGAAGUGGGCAGUGUGGUGACGACUAUGGCAUCGCCCUGCAUCACCACCCUGGCCACCUCCACGUCUUCUGUCCAGAGCACUUCGCUUCAGGCCCUGAUGAACGGCGGCACCAUCCUGACCACGGUGCCCGUCAUGGUGGAUGCUGAGAAGCUGCCAAUCAACCGCCUCGCCGUGGGCUGCAAGGCCACGGGCCUGCCCCCCAAGGGCGAGAAGAGGACCGCCCAUAAUGCCAUCGAGAAGCGCUACAGGUCCUCCAUCAACGACAAGAUCAUCGAGCUCAAGGACCUGGUGGCUGGAACGGAAGCCAAACUGAACAAGUCAGCCGUGCUUAGGAAGGCCAUCGACUACAUCCGCUUCCUCCAGCAGUCCAACCAGAAGCUGAAGCAGGAGAACAUGGCCCUGAAGAUGGCCUCCCAGAAGAACAUGUCCCUCAAAGGCCUGGUGGCCAUGGAGGUGGACGACCCGCCGUGCAGCGUGAAGAGCGAGAUGCCCACACCCCCGCCCUCAGACGUGGGCUCGCCUAGGGACAGCAGCCCCUUCUCCCACUGCAGCAGUGACUCGGAGCCCGACAGCCCCAUGGGGGAUGAGACCAAGGUGCCGGUGAAGCCGGACGCCGCCCCCCCGGCCGGCGGAGGCAUGCUUGACCGCUCUCGGAUGGCCCUUUGCACCUUCACCUUCCUCUUCCUGUCCCUGAACCCGUUGGCUUCCCUGUUCUAUGGGGGGGUGGCCACCAGGGGCACCCCAGGAUCUGCUGAGCAUGCUGGGAGCGGUCGGGUCAUUCUGGGCCAUCUCGAAGUGGAGACGGCCAGCUGGCUCGACUGGAUGCUGCCCACCCUGUCCGUCUGGCUCCUGAACGUGGUUCUGCUGGCACUCGUCCUGAUCCGACUGCUGGUGUAUGGCGAACCAGUGACCAGGCCCCACUCAAGCUCUUCUGUGCUUUUCUGGAGGCACCGCAAGCAGGCCGACCUGGACCUGGCCCGGGGUGACUUUGCCCAGGCCUCCCAGAACCUGUGGACCUGCCUGAAGGCUCUGGGCCGGCCCCUACCCACCUCCCAGCUGGACCUGGCCUGUGCAGCCUUGUGGGCGGCACUGCGCCUCUUCUUGCAGCGCCUGUGGGUGGGCCGCUGGCUGGUGGGUAGGGCUGGUUGCCUGCGUUCGGAUCGCCCCCUUCAGGAGGAUGCCCGCAAGAGCAGCCGCGACGGCGCCCUGGUCUACCACCGGCUACAUCAGCUGCACAUGACUGGCAAGCUGGGCGGCAGCCACCUGUCGGCGAUCCACAUGGCUCUGAGCGCGGUGAAUCUGGCGGAGUGCGCUGGCGACUGCUUGCCCGUGGCCACGCUGGCCGAGGUGUAUGUGUCGGCCGCACUGCGUAUCAAGGCCGGCCUGCCGAGGGCACUGCACUUCACUGCGAGGCUGUUCCUGAGCAGUGCCCGGCAGGCCUGCCUCUCCCCCAGUGGCAGCGUCCCCCCCGCCAUGCAGUGGCUCUGCCACCCUCUGGGCCACCGUUUCUUCGUGGACGGCGAUUGGACCGUGCGCAGCACCCCCAAGGAGAGCAUCUACAGCCAGGCCGGCAACACGGUCGACCCGUUGGCCCAAGUGACCCAGGCAUUCCGGGAGCACCUGCUGGAGAAGGCGCUGUACUGCGUGGCUCAGCCGCAGGGGGAGUCGACGGCCAGUAGCAGUGAGGGAGACUAUGCUGACGCCCUAGAGUACCUCCAGCUACUGACCAGCUCCUCAGACGCCGCCGGGGCCACGACGCAGUCCUUCGCUGUGGGGUCCAACAUGGCCACCGUCACCGGCUGUGACCCGCACUCCAAAUGGUGGUCCCAAGUUGUGGUGGUCAUGAUAAACUGGCUGCAGGGUGACGACGGCGCCGCCGAGAGGCUGUACCCGGCGGUGGAGCACCUGCCCAAGAGUCUGCAGGCUGCGGAGAGCCCCUUGCCCAGAGCUGCUCUCAGUGUGUUCCGAGCAGUGCGCGCCCUGCUGGCCAAACCAGAGAACUAUCAGCUGAGCCUCAGCCACGGUGAGAGGGCCAGUUGCCUGCUCAGGGACAGCCUGCACUUGGGCCCCCACUGUCACAGCAACAACAUCGAGAAGGCUCUGCAGCUGCUCCUGUGUGACCUCCUCCUGGUGACCCGCACCAACGUGUGGCGCCAGCAGCAGUGUGCAGUGGCCAGUGCCCAGCAGCAGGGGGCGGUGCAGGCCUCGGCGUUGGAGCUGCACGGCUUCCAGCAGGACCUGAGCUCACUGAGGAAGCUGGCGCAGAGCUUCCGGCCGGCCAUGCGCAGGCUGUUCCUGCACGAGGCCACUGCGCGCCUGAUGGCGGGGGCCAGCCCCACGCGCACCCACCAGCUCCUAGACCGCAGCCUGAGGAGACGGGUCACCCCGGGGGCCAGGACAGCAGAGGAGAGUGAGACCCGCCCGGGGCGGCGGGAACAGGCGGAGGCGGUGAUGCUGGCCUGCCGCUACCUGCCCCCGUCCUUCCUGUCGGCGCCGGGGCAGCGCGUGGGCAUGCUGGCGGACGCCGCCCGCACCCUGGAGAAGCUGGGCGACAAGCGCACCCUCCACGACUGCCAGCAGAUGAUCAUCAGGCUAGGCAGCGGCACCACUGUGACAUCCACCUAGAACCUCGCAUGGACGGACACACACACACACACACACACACACACACACCUGCGUUCCGAUACGGUCUCUCCCUCGCACACCUUUCUUUCUAUAUGCAAAUGAGCUUCAGGAACAAAUCCCCCCUCACCCACACAACCCCACCCCCAUCAAACUGGAGGAGUGAUGCUUUGAAAUUCCUUUGUCCAUGACACGGAUCACUUGAUCCUAUCAAGUGAGUCCAAACAAACAGUCCAGUGAUCAUUUGUCUAUGUUGCAAGUCACCCUCCCCCCAAGUCGACGUGAAAUGGAGCUUCCCGAUCGCAGCGUGCCCGUCUUACCCGAGGCUCCUGGUUCCGUACAACAACAGCGGGUGCUCAGAGUGUUCUGGGCCGGCUGAGCGUCUCGGGGUCGCAGGUACCUUUGCAGAUCACAACACGGCUUGAGUGCUGGGGGGGCGAGGGGCAGCGAGAACCGCCAUGCCGCCGCUGUGGGUGGCUGCGGAAGAGGCCGUUUGACUAACUGAGCUGAAUACUGAUCACUUUCAUUCCAUGGCAUUUCACUGUUUUUUUAUUUUUAUUUCUAGCAAGUUGCAGUAGAGUCGCGUUAAACUUUGUUCACUGAUAUAUAUCAUACAUGGAUGUGGGCUUGCUGUUUUCUAGCCUUCCUUUAAACCAUGUAGUUACAUUUAGCUGGCUACAGCGUGAUAUAAAUGCAUCGUGUUUUCCUCCGUUCUGCAAAUCUUCCGGAAAGCGCCAAACUGAAACCGCUGCCCUGAAGUUAGCGACCUGCGUUAAUACAGUUGCUACGUGGAAACAAUUCAGAUUAAAACAAUCAGCACAUACACUCGCUCGCUAAAGCUCACACGUAUUGGGGAGACGCAGGAGCUGUUUGAAAUUUGUGCCAUUUCGGUUUAAUGCCUGCUAUAUCGGCUAGGGAGCUACUUCAUAAAGUCGCGAUUGGCUAUAGCUUUGACUUGUCGACGUAUUAGGCUCAGGCGACAUGGUUUUCCAUUAGCAUAAAGUUUACAGAUACAAACCUCUUGCUACCCUAGUGAACGAUAUUGCUGUCAUCGUUAAUACACAGUUUUGGUCUCUGUGUGGCAUGAUGGAAUCACCAGCUGUGGAUUUGCAGAAACAGUAUUCCCAGCAUGCAGUGGGGGUAACGUGGUCAUCAGCCUUUUUUUCCUACGGGAAAGUAUUGAGCUUUAUUGCUGAAUUAAUCAGGUCACGUAUGUUUUUCGUCUGUACGUGGAAUAAACAUACAUAUUACUGCAUGUGUUGUGGGAAGCUUAGUGGGGUGUAUUUGUCCCUCGCGCUACUUUUCAGAUUCAAAAUUGAUUACAGGCGCAGGCCCCCCCAGACGGUCAUUAGAAUGCACUAACAGGGAUGUCCUCAGCUCUGUCCUGUGACUGUCACACGUCAUACAUGGUAACCACCUCAGAGGUCAGAGGUCACGUUUUAUGAAUAGCUAAAAAUAGCUAGAAAUAAUAACGUUAUUAAAAAUAAUAAUAAUAACAAGCUUUUCUUAAGCUUGUUUUCUGCUGCAGGUGUGAUAAUUUAUUUUUAUUUAUAGUCCCUCGAAAUUAAUUUAUUUUUCUUUGAACGUGCACUGCAGUAACAAAGCCCACAUUAAGUGUCUUACAGAGAAUGGUGUUUAGACUGGCAGCAUCCCUUUUUCCUAAAUUCUAAUAGCGUUCCAUCGUCACUUUUACUUCAGGAUUGUUGUCUUGCGCUCUGUCUGAUUUGGUUGUGCUGCUGUUAACUGGGUGACAGUGUUCUAUGUUGUUCUGUAUAGAUCUAACCUGCACUACUCAGACUGGGCUUAAUAUUUUCAAAUGAGAAAGGCUUUAUUACGGUAUUUUUUUCUGACACUUUGAUAUGCUUUCAUUGUAAAUAUUUAAAUAGUAUAUUUAUCGAUUGUGUAAAGAUUGCGUGAUCAGCAUUUUUCAUUUAUAUUGAUUUAUACUGUUAUUCCUCUCCCCCCCCCCAAACCCCCAUUCCAGCCCCUUGCAUUGGAGGGGUUUCCUCUUAAGAAGUGUGUGGUAGGUGAGACUGAGCAUGUGCAGAGAGCUCCAGUCAGAAAGUGGCAUCUGUCUAGAGAAGCAGAAAGCCCCCAACCUCAGCAUAUACGUGACAGUAUUCCCAUUGAACUCCCAUUGUACAGUUUCCUGGUGCGGCACUCAGGUGAUGCCAAAAUUACCUUAAAACAGCAUUUUUUCCAGCACUUAGUCGCACGCGGUGUCCUCGCAUUGUUACGGUGAUGACAUCGGUAGUGCUUGGGGCUCAGCAGCGGCCUUACAAGAAUGUUACACAUGCAUCAUAGGCAAGAGGGCUGUGAGCUUUACCGUAAAGACAUUCUGACACACUCGGAAAGAGAACGACCGUGUCGUCUUCAGAGUUUUCCAUGCGUGAGGACUGUGUCGGAAAUCAGGUGUUUAAUCUGGAGCAUAUUGCCUGUGGAUAGUUACGCAAAUGAUUGCCUAAUUACAUUGUAAAAUUCUAAGCAAAUAAAGCAAUGAACUGGCAUACGUUGAAUGCUGGGAAUGGGUGACUGAUGAAGGGGUAUUAACAGAUGAGGUCGUCUUAUGUCGAUGCUCAACUUGUACUGCUGGCUGCAGGCGCAGUUUUUGCAGGGUCAUUGAAAUCCCUGAUCUGCUCAUAGCCUUUCUGCCUGUUAGGUAUUUGAUCUGAUUUCAAGACAAAAUUUUACGAACAGCUGUGCAUUUGGCCCAGCUUGAAAAACCAGUCUGUAGUGAGUGUGAACAUAUCAAAGAGGUAGAAUUCUUUUUUUUUAACUAAGAUGUUCUGUCAGACUGUAUGCUCAUUGAUUUCACUUUAAGAAUGUAAAUAAAAUUAAAAUUUUGUAACCUG